GAUAAAACGGCGCGACACCAUCUCUCGAAUUGUCGAAAGUCGUUACUCGAUUGUAGCAUUUGUACAGGUUUGGUAUCACGGCUUCUUAAAUACUUUUCGUUUCGUACGUCAAUAAAUGUUUCCUUUAAAGACUGUAUAUGAAAUUUAAAGAUAUAAUUCAGUUUAUUUUAACAUAAUGGUUAUUAGUUUAGGAUUUGAAGGUAGUGCAAAUAAACUAGGAAUUGGAAUUGUUAAAGAUGGUGAAGUUCUAUCAAAUUGUAGAAAAACAUAUAUAACACCACCGGGUGAAGGUUUGUAAUUGCGUACUUUUUUAUCUGUUACAUAAUAAUAUUAAUAGCCCAAAUUUUUUUCCUAAGGAUUUUUACCCCGAGAAACUGCCAAGCAUCAUCAAAGUAAUAUAAUAUCAUUAUUAGAAGAAGCUUUUAUAAUAUCAAACUUAAAACCUGAAGAGAUUGAUGUUGUAUGUUUUACUAAAGGACCUGGAAUUGGUGCCCCUUUAGCUAGUGUUGCAGUUGUUGCACGUACUGUUGCUCAACUUUGGAACAAACCUUUAAUACCAGUUAAUCAUUGUAUAGCACGUAUCCUUUUGAAUAGACCGUUGACAUUUUAUCCAACUUUUCCAUUUACCGCUCUUAACAUACUUACACUGUUUCUGUUGUCACUAUUACAUGUACAUAGUAUUUUUUUAAAAUAGAGAAAACAAAUAAAGAAGUAAAUAAAUUUAAACAAGAAUUAGUGUACAAGAUCCAUCUUAACUUCUAUUUUAACUAUUUUUAUUUUUAAUAUAGCAUUAAAAUAGUAAAUAAAAUAAAAGCCGUGCCAUUUAAGUUAAAUCAUUUUUUUUACACAUAAAUUAAAUUUAUUUGUGAUCAAAAUAAUAAAAUGCUAUUGUUUAUUAUAUAGCGUAUCAAUCGGAACACGCUUUAAAGGUAUGAUCAUGGUUAAGGUUUGGUACUUCUAGCCCUUGCAUUAUUUUUAAAAGAUUAAAAAAAUUAGCAGAGCCAUAAGUAUUGUUUAGUAUUUAGGAAAUCUAAAUCCUUUUUUACUUGUCAAUUUUUAGAGCAUAUUCAAGCAGUUUAAGUAGUUUUUAAGUGCUAUAAAAGAAUGUAUCUCAUGAUCUUAUUGACUCUUAUCUUAUUGUAUGCAGUGUACCACAAAUGUGUUUUUGAUUUACCUUGUUUAAAUUCCUAUGCAUAUGUGUGUGAUAGCAAUGGUUUAUCGUUGCUUUCAGAUACACAUUAAAUUUCCCCUUUACUACCUUCCCAACUUCUCACCUAUAACAUUGGCAGUACCUUUUCACAUUAUUCUAAGACAGCUUUUUUAUAUAAAAUUUCAAAAAAAAAAUUUGUUUAGAGCAUUUAUGGUUGAUUAAUUCCAAAUAAAUAAAGUAAAUGAAAAACCCAGGUAACAAAACUGAUCUAUUCUAUUUUUAAACUUAUUAUUUGAGGUUAUAGAAAUGUUCAAACAUUUGUUUUCAUUAUUGCACUAAUUAAUUUAUAAAUUAAAAGUCUGGAGACAUUAUUUAAUCCGUGUGUGUUACGACAGGCAAAAUUCUCAAUAUAAAAUUGGUAUUUGAAGUAAAAUGAAUUAGCCAAUUAAAAUUCAAGUGCAUUGAAAAUAUGAACUUAAUUCAUGUUUACUUUUAAAGAACAGCGUUUUUUAUAAAUAAUGUGAAUACAAUAAUGUUACCUACUAGCGAAGAAAAGAAGAUUCACAUUAAGUAUUUGUAUUUACUUUGUUACAUUUUAACUCUUAACUAGAAUAAAUGGUUUGUCAAUAUGUUAUGAUAAAAAGAAUAUAAGUUUAUUGAAUUAUAAUUUUAAAUAUCACUUGACUUUUCCUAUAUAAUUAAAAAAUAAAAUGUCCUUUGUUUUUAUGAGAUUAUUUUUUUAAGUCUUACAAAAAAUAAAAUGAUGUUCAUAUUCAAAAUCUUACACUUUCCAUACUCACUCUUAAUAUAUUUGGUUAAAAAAUCAACUAUGAUAGAUCAGAAUACCUAUUUAACUUAAAUAUUCUAUGUUCAAUCUUUGAUUAUUUUAACCAUAUGUUACAUAAUAUUAUUUUUGUUAUAAACUUUUCAUUAAAAUCAAACCUUAAUUAUAUUGGCUAGAUAUUGAAAUGGGUCGCUUAAUAACUAGUAGUGACAAUCCUACUGUUCUAUAUGUUAGCGGUGGAAACACACAAGUUAUAGCAUAUUCUGGAAAUCAUUAUAGAAUAUUUGGUGAAACAAUAGAUAUUGCUGUAGGAAAUUGUUUGGAUCGAUUUGCAAGAGUUUUAAAACUAUCCAAUGAUCCUAGUCCUGGAUAUAAUAUUGAACAAAUGGCUAAAAAGUAAUUAUUCUGAUUAACAUAAAACAAAAUUGUUAUAAUUGUAUUUAAAUAAUUGUUCAAUUAUUUGUAGAGGUUUGAAAUAUCAUAAAUUACCUUAUGUAGUAAAAGGUAUGGAUGUAUCAUUUUCUGGCAUACUUUCUUACAUAGAAGAAAAAGCACAAUCAUUGUUAUCAUCUGGUGAAUAUACCCCUGAAGAUUUAUGUUUUUCACUUCAAGAAACUCUUUUUGCUAUGUUAAUAGAAACAACAGGUACGUAUCGGUAGUGUAAUAAUCUAAUUUAUAUUGAAAAUAUAGGGUUACUGAAAUGACCAUCUCAAAAUAUUCCAAAUUUCAAAACAGGCCAGUAACUACACAUGUAUUUCAUUAUACAAUUGUCUUGUUUUUUCCAAAUUAAAGAUAUUGUAAAAGGAAUGAUUUCUAUUAUUUUUCACAACAAUAUUAGUGAUAUUACCUAAAACUAUUACAUUUUAUUUCAGUAAUUUUAUGUUUAUAGAAACAAGCUGGAAGAUUAAAUUUGAUUGAAAAUUUGUUUUUAAUGAUUACUUUUGCUCACUAAUUAAAAUGUAGGAAAAACAAUUUAUGGGAAAAAUAAACUGCGAAAAAAAAAACCAAUUUAUUUAUUAUAAUUAGUUACAUUAAGUAUUAUUAUUUAUAGUAUUAAUUCUAUAAUAAUAGAAAUAGCAUUUUAUACUUUUAUAAUACUAAUGAAUGUAUUAUUAUAUUAUUGUUUAAUGAUGCCUUAUAGAAAAAUUGUUUAAUAUUGAUUGUAUAAUGUGUAUAUUUGUUUGUUUUUUACUAAAAACUUUAUUCAACUUAUUUUUAACUUCAGUAACUUUUCUGAUGGGAAAAUUAAUGGUUGGUUAGAGAAAAACAGAAAAAAAUUAAAAUUUAAAGUACAAAGUAUACAGAUUGUCUUUUUUUUUCUAAUUACUUGUAAAGAUGAGGUACAUUAUUUUCUUUUUUUCUUUAGAAAGAGCCAUGUCCCAUUGUAAGUCUAAAGAAGUCCUCAUAGUUGGUGGUGUGGGCUGUAAUGAACGAUUACAAGAAAUGAUGAAAAUAAUGUGUGAUGAAAGAGGUGCUAUAUUAUAUGCUACUGAUGAACGGUAAGAUAAUUAAUUAAAUAAUCAAUAUUCAGUAAUCGCAUUAAAAUUAAAGAUUAUUAUGCUGUUAUAUAAUAAUCUUCAAUAUAUAAUAUUGAAUUUAAAACACUUUUCAUUUGACAUACACAAAUUAAAUUGUAUUAAUAUAACUGUACAACAAAUUAGUGUUUAAAAUCAAUAUAUUUAUUUACUAGACAAAAAAAAUAUACAUAAAUUAAAAAUAGAGUACCAAUAAAGUGUUAAGUUUUUUUAUUAAAUUAAAUUAAGAAAUAUUAAUUAGGUAGGUACACUGUACAACAUAUUUUAUUUUGAAUUAAACUUUUUAAUAAAAUGAUUUUUGAUAUAGAUAUAAAUUAUUAAAAUAUUAUUAUUAUAGAUUAAAUAAUAAUAUUGAAACAUUGAUAUUAAAGAUAAUAUGGUUUGGCUCUAUGCUUAGUGGUCUUGAUCAGACAAUAGGACUACGGGUAGCAUAGAAUAGUAGAAAUAAUGUAGGCCUUUUUAUCAUUGGUUUUAUUACAGUGUAAUCCAAUAUUCAUGACCACAAAAAUACUACUUUAGUGGCCUAUUCAUAUGUUUAGUAUCUAUGUAUUGUAUCCAUACAAAGGUUAGGUUAUCUAUUCAAAAAUAUUUAUAAAUAUUCUGUAACUUGUGGAAGUGAGAAAUGACUUUGAGUACGUAUUUUUUUAUACACCAAGAAAUAAAUCAGAUUUCUUAUUAUACUAUUUAUAAACUAUACUAUAUUAAUAAAAUUAAAAUUAAAAUUUUUAACAAUUUUUAAACCAAAAAAAACCUAAUAUAAUCGCAACAAAUAGACAGGGGGAUUCAAAAUUUAAAAAAAUUCAAAAAUGAAUAAUUCAAAUGUUGUUUGAUUUAUAAACAUAAAAUGAAUAAAUAAAUAUUAUUCAAUCACUAUAAUGUAUUAAAAAAUAUAUUAUGUUUGAAAAAAAAAGUAAAGAUUCCCAUAUGAAUCUCAAAAGUUGACCACCAAAAUCAUACUAUAAGACUGCAAAAAAAAUUACAAAUCAUUUUUGAUGUUUAUAAAUCAAAAAACUAUUAACAAAAGUAAAAUAUACAUUUUAUUUAAAUUUGUGUUUUUAUUAGAUUUUGUAUAGAUAAUGGAGUAAUGAUUGCUCAUACAGGAGCAUUGAUGUAUAAAAGUGGUUAUAAGACUACAUGGGAAGAUACAUUUUGUACCCAAAGGUAUUAAGAUUACAACUAUCUAAUAUAAUCUUAAUUUAAUUAUAAACUGUAAUUGUUUUUCCUAGGUUUAGAACAGAUGAAGUUGAAGUCACUUGGAGACCAUAAUUAUGUGUUAUGAAUUUUUUUUUUGUACUUACUACAUACUAUGUAUUAAAUUAUACUAAUAACCAAAUUAUCCUUGCUAAAACACAAAUCAAUAAGGCAAACACAGGCCAUAUUGAAUAAAUAUUAUUGAUUGUUUGAAAUCUAUCUUUAAAAAUAGUUGGUUUUUUGAUAAUUUCAGCUAUCAAACAAUGUUUUUUUGCAGUCUUCACAAUUACCUUAAUAAACUUGCCCAUUAAUUCUGGUUCCUUUGGCACUAAAACCUGAAAACAAACAGUUAAAUUUUUUUGUAGAUCCUAAGUACUUAUAAAGGUACUUUAUAAAUUACAGAUGACAUAGUAAUAAAAUUAAGUUAUUUUGUAAAACCUCAGAACAGUUUAAAAUUUUAAACCAAAUUAAAUAAGGUAAGAUAUUUUUAACCUUUUCCAAAGUUAAUAAACCAUUAAUUUAAUUGUUCAUAUAUUUUGAUUAUAGAAAAUUUCAUGUUUAAAUAAUUUUUAGCAAUUAUUUGAAAACCAAAAUUCAUUCUAUUGGCAUG